GGCCUAUAUAUGAUGAUACUAGUAUUUGGGCUUAAAAUGAGGCCUUAUUCAGUAUACACAGAUCCAGUCUUGGUCUCCUCUUCUCCUUGCCUCCUCCUAUUCGUGCUUAGGUUCCGAUCACCGAUCGUGCCGCCGAUCAUCCAUAUCUGAUUCACUGAUGAUCCACUAGUUAGUAUUACUGCUGCCAACUGAUUGCUUCCUCAAUCGAUAUUAUUAUCAUUAAUAAUUUGCUUUUCAGUGAGAAAGAAAUUAGUACUGAGCUUUUGCUUGGGCCACUCAGUUGCACUACUAGAACUACUUCAUUAAAUACAAUUGUGAAGACUAGAAGUGAUCGAUCCUCUCAUUCUCUACUUCUGUCCUUAGUGAACAUACUCAAAAAUCAAGCUCCUCCUUCAAUAUCUUCAACCCCAAAAAUCUGAAUUCUGAAACACACACCAGAUUUGUGCACCUUGACUUCACGCCUGCUGCGGAGGGAGGAGAGGGUUCAUGGAAGCACUCUCCGGUUAACAAUAAGAGCUUAAAAUUGGACAGAGCUAAAUAAAAUAACUGUUUUUUUUUCUGGGCUGCAUUACAUUAGCCAACCAUAUGGAAAAUCUUGGAAAUGUUCUAUCAAACUUUUGCUUGUUAAUGACAAUUUCUGUGAUAAUCAUCCCUCAUCUUGGGUGCUGCAUAGAAUCAUCGUUGGUUUCAAGCAAGGUGGGAACAAGUGAUUCAAAUCUUGAUUCCAAGAACUCAUAUAGUAGUUCUUUUUGUGCUGCAAAGUAUAUUAUGAAAUCUUACCAUGAAAGAUAUGAACAGCUUCAUGAUUCACAUUAUAAAGAUUUUAUAGAACAAGUGCUCCCAUUUGGCAUGUGUGACAUUCAAUCAGAUGAUCCAAAUCUUGUACCUAGUCUUUUAAGUAUAGAGCGCAAAUUGAUUGGAGAAGGUUCCCACCGCCAUCUCUCCUCAUCUAUGAGAAUUAGCAACCUACCUGCUGUGUCCAUAGCUAAUAUCUCUUACGAUAGUUGUGGACUUAUUUUUAUUGAGAGGCUGCCUAAUGGGGUUUUUGCAGAUCCAUUCGAGCUUCAACAUCUCCUUCAGCGCGGUGUUCUUAAUGACAUUGCUGUUUUUGGAGAUACGAACUUGGAAUCACCUUCGUUCCUUUCCAAUCGUUCUUCUGUGGAGGUUCACAUGGAUGUUAAUCCAGAUAUCUUAAGUGACAAGAAUGGAAUUGAUUUCAAGUUAAAGAUUCCCUUACAUGCAAGAUAUGCGCCUUUAGACGAAAGCGGAUAUUCAAGAGUUGUAUUCGGGAAACCUGAUUUGUUCCUCCGGUGCAGUGUUGGAAAAACGUCACUCAAUCAGAGUUGUUUGUACGUGAUAGCAAAUAAUGAUUCCGAAUCACGGUACGGUACAAUUGUGUGGAAACAACCUUCUGGGAUGAAGGCACAUUCUGGAGUUGUUUAUGUGUUUACUUUUGUUUCAGCCUUUUUAGCUGCUCUUGUAAUUAUGUUGACAUCCAUAUUCCAUUCAACCAUGUGUAAAAGUUCUAAACAAUCUUAACUUAUAAAGAGUUCUUACUUGCUUGAUAA